GUUAAGCCCUCAAUGAAGCGGUAUGGGGUUUUUGGAUAAGGCUGGCUGAACGCGGCCGCGUGUUCCAACUCCCACCUCCGUCUCCGGCGGGAAGCGGAGACCUCCCGCUCCGACUACCAUUCCGGCGGCCAUGGCCACCGCCGCCGCCGCCGUCUCUAACCUCUCCCUCCGCCUCCCAUCGGCACUCCCCUUUACGGUUUCCUUCCCCACCCGCCUCUCGCGCAUUCCACACGCUCCGCUGCGACGCCUUCGGACGGCCUCCUCGCGAACCCUAGCAGCGCCCGCCACGUCGGAAGUCCCGGAGGCAGAGGAGCUGCGGUUGGAGGCGGAGUCCGCGCUGGAAUGGGGCGGCGUGUGCGCGCGGCUGGCCGACUUCGCCGCCACCGCCGCGGGCCGCGCCGCCUGCGGGGAGGGCCGGGUCCCCGUCGGUCAGAGCCGGGAGGAGAGCGAGCGGCUGCUCGAGCAGACCGCAGCCGCGUCGCUGCUCUCGGCGCCGCUGGAUUUCGGCGGCGUCGGCGACGUGUCCGCGGUCGUCGCCGCGGCCGCCCGUGGCCGGCUGCUCGCCGUGCGGGAGAUAUGCGGCGUCGGGGGCAGCCUCCGGGCCGCGCGCGGGGUGUUCGACCAAGUGAAGAGCCUCGCCGAGGAGAUGCCAGAUGGGAGGUAA